UAGUUGUGUCUCGCAUUCAUUUUUCAUUCACAUUUUGUGUUACACACAUAUAUAAAAUAUCUUGUCUUGUAGAAAUGCAAAAUUCGGAUCUUAUUUCGGGCGUGCCCAAAGGUUUUGAAAAUAUGAAACGACGAACAUUGGCAGGAAGUUGCGGAGUUGGAGUAUUUGUUAUUGCUUUUCUUGGCGUUUGCAUUGCUUUUGGAACACCUAGUUGGCUAGUCAGCGACUACAGAAUUACAGGAGCCAAAUUAGAUAGAUUGGGGCUUUGGACUCACUGCUUCCGAUCGCUACCAGACAUUAACGACGAUUAUCAAAGAAGAUUUUUUGUAGGUUGUAGGUGGAUAUACGACCCUUUUACAACCGGAUAUGAUCAAAUUAGAGGUUUUCUCCUUCCACCAUUUAUGAUAGCAACUCAAUUCUUUUUUACCUUGACUUUUAUUGGAAUUUUGGUUUCUUUAGUACUAGUUUUGCUCUUUUUCUUGUGUGCUGGUCCAGAUCAAAAACGAUUUGUCUUAUUAAUUCGUGUUAUUGGUUUUCUUCUACUUGGCUGUUGCGUAUGUGGAUCUAUUGCAGUCAUAGUGUUUGCCUGCUUUGGAAACAGAGGAAAAUGGAUGCCUGAUCAUGCGAACAAUUGGUUUGGUUGGUCCUUUGUUGUUGCAGUCGUAGGUGUCGUAGCUUCAGGAAUAGCCUCUGCAUUAUUUUUAACAGAAUCUCAUGUACAAGCAAGAAAAAGAGAACAGUUGAAGGAGUCACAAAGCCGCUUUGAACUAGAACAUGAAACGAAAGCAUAAACUUUUCAUAAAUAUUUUUUAAAAACUAAACACUAGUACAUAAUGAUAGUAAUCCGUCCAUUUUUAAAACUUUAUUUUGGUAUAAGAAAAUAAAUAAGAAGUAUAUUUAGCUUAAAUCGAUCCAUUAAAUAAAUAUGGAGUUGCUGCCAAAUGUAUGAUAUAUGCAAAGUGAGUGAAUCAAAAUAAAAAAAUAUUA